AUGCCUCCAGCCGGCUACCCGUCCCUGUCUUUGCAGAAGUCAAUGGAUGACAUGGAGGGGAGGCUGGUGGACACGCCCUCCAUCUCCUCGACAGAGGGGGUGGUUGUUCACCGGAGAGUGGUCCAGGAGCCGGAGCCCACGGAGGCCGAGCCCGAGGCUGCUCCACCACUUGAGGAGCUAGAGCCGGCUCCAACUCCCUCAGCAGCUCUGGAGGGAGGGGUGGUGCCUGCAGCGACUUCAGGAGGAGACCAGGAGCCGGCAGUUCCUGCCGCUCCCCUGCCCCUGUCUGUGCUCCUGUUCCUGCCCCUGACCCAGUUCCUGCCCUGGAUCCUGCCCCUGUCAGAGCCACUGUCCCUGACCCAGAUCCUACCCUUGCUCCUGCCCCUGUCCAUACUCCUGCCAGAGCUGCUGCCCCUUCCCCCGCCCCUGCCCGUGCUCCUAUUCCUGCCCCUGACCCAGAGGGCGCCCGACCCCAGCUCCCGCCCGGAGCGCGGCCUGCGCAGCCGCCGUGACAACAGCCGGACUUCCUGGGAACCUGAUGUGGACGCUUCUGGGGGCCGUGGAGCCGCGUCCACACGGACAGGAGCCCUGCCUCCUCAGGACCCGCUGCGGAGGCUUCUAGAGGACACGGGGCGGCGUCCACAAGGACAGGAGCCGGGCCUCCUCGGACUCGCUGUGGAGGCUUCUAGAGGACACGGGGCCGCGUCCACGCUGACAGCAUCCCGGCCUCCUCGGGACCCGCUAAAAGCUCCACACUUCCUCCGUGAGGUGGACUACCUGGUGUGCAGGGAGGUGGACGUGAAGUUCCGCGACCACGUGAGCAUGGAGAUCCUGUCCCCUCUCUUCGGCACCCCGCACUCCGGUUUCUACUGGGCGGCCCACAAGGACUUCAGCUAUGAGCAUUGGCCACGGUCCCAGGUGCACACCCCCAGGGACAAGGGUGACUUUUACUACAUGGGGACCUUUUUUGGGGGGUCGGUGGUGGAGGUUCACCGAUUGACCUUGGCCUGUCACCAGGAGAUGAGGGUCGAUCUGGCCAGUGGGAUCGAGGUUGUGUGGCACCUGAACAGGUGCCUGCUGGACCACAAGCCCCUCAAGGUGCUGUCCCCGGAGGACCUGUGGGACCUGCAGGUGCUGGGGUGGCCGCCCCUCCUCGGGGAGAUUGGAGCUGCUGGUCCCGAGAUCAGACACCUGCUGGUCUGA